UUGAACCCUUUCUUCUCCGUAUAUUUUCGUAAACAAAGAAGAACAAUAUUCGGUUAUAUAUUAAAAGAGUGAAAGAUGAGAACACUUUGUCCUAAUUUCGACAGAGAAGACGGUCUAGAGACAGUGUUGGAAGUUCCAAUGCCGGAGGAGUUGUUUUGUUUGGAGAACAACAAGACCGGCGCUUGGCGAAGUGUCAAGUCUAGUUUGCUCCGGUCACCGCCGGAUAACAAUAGCAGCCUCUACACUCUUUUCGGUGGCCGCGACGCUCAGAUUCAGAUGCUUCUUGGGUUCGUUGGAGCUCCGUUGAUUCCUCUUCCUGUCUCCUCCGAUCAUGAUGUUCUUGACCAUCCCAUGUCCAAACUCAUCAAAAACCAAUCUAUCGAAUCAGCCAUGGCGAAGUACAUAGUGAAGCAAUAUACUGCAGCAGCUGGAGGAGAGGUAGCUUUGACUGGAGUAGAGAGCAUGUACGCCAUUGGAAAGGUUAAAAUGGGAGUGACCGAGUUCUGUGCAGCGAAAACCCUAAUUGGAAAGAGGAAGAAGAAGAUGGCGAGGAUUAAAAAUAUCAACAACGGAAACGGAGGAGAGAUGGGAGGUUUCGUGCUAUGGAAGAAAGGUUGGAGUCAAUGGAGUCUAGAGCUUGUUGUUUCCGGAUGUAAAGUCAGUGCUGGUUGCGAUGGUAACGUAGCUUGGAGGCAAAGUCCUUGGCUCGCACAUUCCCCUGCUUCUAAUGAACCUUCUGGACCUCUCAGAAGGUUCCUUCAAGGGCUUGAUCCUAAAACCACAGCAAAUCUGUUCGCGGGAUCGGUUUGCGUGGGAGAAAAGGUAGUUAACAAUGAAGAAUGCUUCGUGCUUAAGCUCGAAACACAGCCGUCAGGGCUCAAAUCAAGAAGCACAAGAGGUGUGGAGACGGUGAAGCAUACAUUAUGGGGUUGUUUUAGUCAGAGAACAGGACUUUUGGUCCGACUAGAGGACACUUAUCUCGUAAGGAUCAGGACUGGUCCUGAAGAAGAAGAUGUGGUCUUAUGGGAAACAAGCUCUGAGACAAUGAUCCAAUGUUAUAAGAGCGUUGAUGGGAUUCAGAUUGCUCACAGAGGAAAGACACAAGUAUCAUUCUUGAGGCUUGAUGAUAACUUAGAGAGUCAUUCAAAGACUACAAUGGAAGAGAGCUGGGAGGUUGAAGAAGUGGGGUUUAAUGUGAAGGGUUUGUCUUCCGAUUUCUUCUUGCCUCCAGGUGACUUGUGUACCAAGGAAAAUGAAGAAAGUGGGUUUAAUUUCGGAGAUUAUAGUAGUCCUAUGAUGAUUCCAUUGAAGGUUAGCACAGCUCCAUGGAAACUCAAGUCCUCUAGAGUCACACCUAUUGAGGAUUUUGGGGAAUUUAAGGGAUAAAAUAUGAAGACGUUUUAACAUAUUUUUCAAUUGUAAAUUGAUCUUCAUAUUAUGUGUUUGUAAAUAUCAGAAAAAAUAGGAGAAAAGUGCUUGUAUAUAACAUCAUGAAGAAUAGCUAGCAAGCCUUUUUCCUUCUUCUCUGACAAUGGUAUUGUUAAGUCUACUUUUUUUCCAUUCAA